AUGAUUAUAGGUUGGCUUCCAGAGAAUACAGCACCAGAGGAUGAACUGCAAUGGGAUGAGUGGCUAGCAGAGGAAGAUGAGGGAGAGGAGAGAGCACAUUCCCGUGACUCGAGUGAGGAGAGGAGUCCUAAGAGGCGUAGGGCCCCUGGAGAAGACCCGCUAAAUGUCCCAGUAGAGAGCUAUAAAAAGGGUCCGGCAGAGCAUAUUGAGAGCGUAUCGAGUAUCUUCCAAAAGAUCAAAAUCCACAGUUUCAGUAGUCAAGGAAAGGGAGGCUCUAAGAAGUCUAAGAAGGGCUCAAAGAAAAGCAAAUCCUCAAAGGGUAAGGGUGUUGUAAAGCGACGAAAACAUAAGCACCGGACCAAGGAGAAGGUUGGUUCAGAUUGA